AGUACCCAACCAAAGAUUGGAAAUUCCCAUUUUGCCUUCUUUCUCCUCCUACAAGACAAUCCAAGGCAGCGCUCCGGACCUCUGGAUUCCACAACUGCACGCCUUCCCCUAACUCAACUACCUGUUUGGCGUGAUUGACGGAGAGAGACGGCUAAACUGUACGAGCGAACUCUAUACAGCCGCUGCUCCGGCGGACGUCCGAUCGUCUUAUCCGUAUCGGUUUGCCUGCUACUCUCUUUCUUCUUGCAUUUCGGUUCGUGAGGCUUUCUUAUAUCGUUCAAUAUCGUUAAUCCGUUAGGGCUGGUAGUUGUAUUGAUGGAUGCGUAGAGUAUUGCAUUUCAAGGAUUUGAUAUAGCACGAGUUGAUGGGAUCCAAGAAGCGCAACUUCGCUGUUCGCUCUAAACCCUCAGAUUCUCCGGCUGCUUCUGUGGCGGUCUCCGAUGAACGAGCGGCGCCCUAUGUCUCGCUCGAAUCGGUGACCGCCGUUGAUUUUGAGGGCAUUGAUUCGGCUUCUUAUGCCAAUAUUAAGCUUGAAUGCGAGAAGGCACUGAACUCCCUGCGCAUAGGGAGCCAUACCAAAGCCCUAAGGGCGAUGAAGGACUUGUGUGUGAAGUACGAUAAAUCACCCUAUGGAGCUUUGGUUCACCGUGUUCACGGCACUGUUUGCACAAAAGUGGCGUCUCUAAUUGACGACCCCAAUGGGAAAAAUAGGCAUAUGAAGAAUGCCAUCGAGUCUGCCAAGAAAGCAACAGUGAUGUCCCCUAAUUCAAUUGAGUUUGCACAUUUCUAUGCCAAUUUGUUGUAUGAAAUGGCUAAUGAUGGUAAGGAGUAUGAAGAAGUUGUUCAAGAGUGUGAGAGGGCACUGGCAAUAGAAAGCCCUGUCGAUCCAGGAAAGGAAAGCUUACAGGAGAGUCAAUUGAAGCUAUCCACUCCUGAGGCUCGAAUUCUACAGGUGCAGAAUGACAUUAGGAAUCUGAUUCAGAAAUCUAAUAUUGCUUCCAUUUCUACUUGGAUGAAACACCUGGGCAACGGGGAUGAGAAGUUCAGGUUGAUACCAAUAAGGAGGGUGCCUGAGGACCCUAUGGAGUUGAGUUUGGUACAAGCAAGAAGGCCUAAUGAGAUUAAGAAGGCAACCAAGACACCUGAGGAUAGAAGGAAGGAGAUUGAAGUUCGAGUUGCUGCAGCAAGGCUAUUGAUGCAGAAGUCAGAAUCAGCCCAACCACCAAAUGAUGAAGAUAAGAGCUUGGAUCCCUCUGCAGUGCCAGGGCAGAAGGGGAGUGAGAGAAGGAAGAGUGGGACUGCAAGGAAGAAUGCAUCCUCCACGGAUAGAAAGGGAUGGGUGCAGUCUUAUUGGAAUUCUAUGAGUAUGGAUAUGAAGAAAGAGUUGCUUAGAAUUAAAAUUUUGGAUCUCAAAAUUCACUUUGGUUCGUUAAAGGAUGGAUUUGCAAGUCAAGUGUUGUCUGAAGCUUUACAGUUCUCUGACGCUAAUAAAACAUGGAAAUUUUGGGAAUGUUGCAAUUGUGGUGAAAAAUUCUCAGACCCUGAAAUGCACAUUCAGCAUGUCAUGCACGAGCACAUGGGGCAUUUGGAGCCUAAACUGCUCUCAGUUCUUCCUCAAGAUGUUGGUAAUAAGUGGUUCAAGGCACUUCUGAACUGCCCUUGGAAACCAUUAGAUCUUAGUGCAGCGACAAAAGUGCUUGAGAACAAGUCAAAACCUCAAGAGUGUGCUCUCCAAAGGAGUGAAGUGGAUCAAUCUAACGGGGAAUUCUCCAACAUUCACUGUCACGAUGAAUCUUGUAUCUUACCUGGGAAAAAGCCUUUGUGGGAUGGAGACAGUAAUACUACUAUUGAGAGGAGAGAAUACAAGGGGUCAGAUAUUGAAUGGGUUGACUUUGAUGGUAAUGGAGGCCCCGGUGGAUGGCCUAUAUCUGAUGACCUAGAGCGUGCCAAGCUACUUGAAAGGAUACACGCUGCAUUCCAAUCACUUAUUAAAAAUAAGUGCCUUGCUUCAAGUCAUCUGAACAGGGUUAUGAAUUUUGCAGUAGAGGAGCUAAAGGGUCAUUGUGGUUGUGAGUUGCUUAGCUGCAAUAUUGAUCAAAAUCCAUUGUGCAUUUGCUUUUUGGGUUCCCAAGAACUUACAAAGGUUCUAAAAUUUCUACAGGAGAUAUCUCAAAGUUGUGGCACAAGUAGGUACUAUGGGAGAAUUAAUGAUAUAGAAAACAGAAAUGGUGGGACUAAAUGCGCUGAUGCUAUGGAGAAAUUAAUUUUUAGUGAAGAUGGUUCAUAUUUACUGUUUGACGAGCAUUUCCUGUCUCACAAUCAUUUUGUGACCAGGCUUCACAAUGUGGUUACUGAUGAUAAAAUUGCAGCAGUCUAUUCUACUAUACCAUACGACAAUGGGGUUUCGUUUGAUUCAGAUGCAUUUUUGUCUUGGAUAUUCAUGGGACCAACAAGUGGGGAACAGUUGGAAAAUUGGUCACGUUUAAGAGAAGAGAAAGCUGCGCAAGGCACAGAAAUUCUUAGAUUGCUUGAGGAGGAAUUUCAUGAACUCCGGGGAUUAUGUGAAAGAAAAUGUGAGCAUUUGAGUUACGAGGAGGCUGUGAAGGCAGUAGAAGAUCUCUGCUUAGAAGAGGGCAAUAAAAGAGAACAUGCCACUGACUUUGUCCCAGAAAGCUAUGAUGCUGUUUUAAAGAAAUGGCGAGAAGAGCUUUUGGAAGACCACCAUGGUGCAGCAAAUAUAGAUCAUAGGAUCGAGGUGGAAGCCAUUUCAAAUGUUCUAAAUGAUGCCGAGUCUUUUAAUGUCAGUCGAUUUGGGUAUGGGGAAAGUUACAGCGAUAUGACUUCUCAUCUCUGUGAUUUAGAAUUGGGUGAAGAUGAUAGUUGGAGGGCGAAAGAUGCCCUUCACCACGCUGACUCAUGUGUAGAAUUUGCAAUUCAGAGACAGAAGGAACAGAACUCAAUUGAGCUGAGCAAAAUUGAUGCAAGAAUCCUUUGCAUUCUUAGUGGGGUGCGACAUUUGGAAUUGAAGCUUGAGCCUGUAUCUGGAAAUGAUUAUAGGCGGGUUGUAGUGCCGCUAGUGAAGUCAUUUAUGCGGGCUUACUUGGAAAGUUUGGCAGAGAAAGAUGCCACAGAGAAAUCUGAUGCUGCAAGAGAAGCAUUCCUGGCAGAGCUUGCUCGUGAUUCCAAGAAGAGCUCAGGCGGAGGAAGUGAUAAUCUAAAACAUGGUACUGAAAAGGUGAAAGAUAAGAAAAAGAGCAAGGACCAUCGAAAAAGCAAGGAUGUGAAGGUUUCUGGUGGAAAUGUGCUGCCCAUUCAGCACCAUGAGACUUCUGAAUGCAUUUCUUUUCAAGGUGCUAAUGAUAGAGAAAAUGAAGAGGGUGAACUUGUUAUUGUUGAGAGAAAAGAUUCUCCAAGUCAGGAAGAGUAUAAUUUAAGAAUUGUGCUUGAAGAAGAGGAAAGAAAGCUCGAAGAAACACUGCAGUACCAAAGGCAAAUUGAAAAUGACGCUAAACUCAAGCAACUUGCUGCAGAGCAUAAGAAGGGUGGAAGAACACUUUCUGAGAAGAUGCAUGCAGAAUUAACGCCUGAUGAUAAUUCAAGAUAUAAGGAGGAUCAAGAUGCAACCUGGCUGUGGAAAAUUAAUGCGAAGGAUUCAAUGUUGCCAACCGAUGGAUCUUAUGACACUGGGGAUGAUUUUCCAAAGAAUCCUGCUGCUGCCGAUGCAAAGACAGCAGAUAUUCAGAAUGGAGGAAUAGCCGAAGAUGGUACUGCAGUCCCUGAUCAGACUCUAAGACAUAGCAGACGUCAGAAGGGGUUGAAAAAAUCUUGUGAAGGAAAGUAUCAAGCUAUUUCUUCUGGGGGGGAGAAUAACACAGGCAGUGCACUGAUGCCAUCUGACAAUUUUCAAGGGAUGCUACCAAAGGCACGCUCAGAAAUGGGUUAUUAUGGAGAUUCGCCCAAUGAGGGGGCCAAUGAGAUUGCUGGAGUUAAUGUAUAUGGGACAGGGUUACAGAAUGAAAUUGGAGAGUAUAAUUGCUUCCUGAAUGUCAUUAUCCAGUCAUUGUGGAAUUUAAGCCGCUUUCGAGAUGAAUUUUUGAGAUUAUCAGAGCAUGUUCAUGUUGGCGAUCCUUGUGUUGUGUGUGCUUUAUAUGGUAUUUUUACUGCUCUGAGCAUGGCAUCUUCGGAGACACAAAGAGAUGUUGUUGCUCCUACUUCCUUGAGGAUUGCCUUGAGCAACCUGUACCCUGAUAGCAAUUUCUUUCAGGAGGGGCAGAUGAAUGAUGCUUCAGAAGUGCUAGGUGUAAUAUUUGAUUGUCUCCAUCAGUCGUUUACUUCGGAUUUGGGUGCUUCUGAUACACAAUCAACAGCUAGGCGCUUGGACUCAUGGGACUGUACAAACAGUGCUUGUAUUGUACAUUCCAUGUUCGGAAUGGAUAUCUUUGAGAGGAUGCUCUGCCCCAACUGCAACUCAGAAUCUAGACAUCUGAAAUACACUAGUUUCUUUCACAAUAUUAAUGCCAAUGCACUGAGAACGAUGAAGGUUAUGCAUCAAGAAAAAUCAUUUGAUGAACUUAUGAAUCUUGUAGAGAGGAACCACCAACUGGCUUGUGAUCCAGAUGCUGGUGGAUGUGGGCAACUUAACUGCAUUCACCAUUCCCUGUCAACUCCACCAAGUGUCUUCACCAUAGUUCUGGGCUGGAAGAAUACUUGUGAGAGUCUUGAUGACAUAAGAGCAACAUUGGCAGCCUUAUCCACUGAGAUAGACAUCAGCAUCCCUUACCAUGGUUUAGGUCCUGGCAGCAAAUAUACUCUGGCCUCAGUGGUUUGCUAUUACAGGCAACAUUAUCACUGUGUUGCAUACAGUCGUCAUCACGAAAAGUGGAUCAUGUACGAUGACAAGACUGUGAAGGUGAUUGGCAGCUGGGAUGAUGUUCUGUUGAUGUGUAUAAAGGGGCACUUGCAACCUCAAGUCUUUUUCUUUGAAGCUGAAAAAUAACUUUGCAUGGUCGGGGAAGCUUUUGAUCACGAGCUGUACAAUUUUCCAAACCACAAAUUUGUAAAUGUCAAAACAAAUUUUACAGGAAAAAAACACUCUAGUUGACACAGUUAGCAGUUAAUUGAAGAGGGGAAAAAAAUGCUCUGUAUAGAUCUUAUGGUUAUGGAUGGGGUUCUUGAAAGUCAUGCUGUCUGUAGUUUGGGAGGAGAGAGGGCUGGACUUGGGAGAGAAAAUUUUGUGUUGGAAUAUUAAGGGC